AAGUCAUGAUAGAAACUUAUCAUAAAAGUUGCUGUUUGCAUUUCAGGAUUCUGUACGUUUUAGUAGUUUUGAUAUUGUGUGUUUUAAUUAGUGACUUGUUUUACUCGGUUUACUAUUCUCCUGGUUUCGAACGCUCCACAUUAAUCAAAAGGCAUUUGAGAAAAUAUCGUGACAAAAAGAUGAGAGAAGAGAACAGAUCGAAUCAUUUUCGUAAAGUACGAAGUCACUGGAGGAACAAAAGGACAUUAACGGAAGACGAUGAAUGUGUGAUUCAGUUCUACCCAACAUCGAUACAGUGCGAACGUGGUGGACCCAACGAAUUAACAGAUGAUUGGCACUUUCAGGAAUCUGCCAUCGAAGCUUGUUGUGAAAAGGCAAGAAAAUUCUUUACAGGAAAGAGAGAAGAAUUGUGUCAACCAACAAUAAAAGAACAGAAAACAACUCGAAGAACAGACAAAGGAAUAAAAGAAAAAGAAGAACCAGAUGGAGAUAAUAUUAAAGGCAACAAAGAACCAGAUAAAAGAAAAGUAAAAGGUGAAACAGCAAGAAAAGAAAAAAAUGGCUUUAUUCAAAAUAAAGGUGAACCAGCAGAAAAAAAUGAUUUUGGAUAUAAAGGUGAACCAGGAACAAAAGGUGAACCAGGAGAAAAAGGUGAUUUUGGAGAUAAAGGUGAACCAGGAGAAAAAGGUGGACCAGGAAAAAAAGGUGGUCUUGGAGAUAAAGGUGAACCUGGAACAAAAGGUGAAUUAGGAGAGAAAGGUGGUCUUGGAGAUAAAGGUGAACCAGGAGAAAAAGGUAAACCUGGAGAAAAAGGCGAUAUUGGAGAUAAGGGAAAAUCUGGAAAAAGUGGAGAAAAGGGUCAAAAAGGUAAUCUUGGAGAAACUGGUAAAAAUGGAAGAAUGGGAGAAAAAGGACAAUCGGGAGAGAAAGGUUCUAAAGGCGAUCCUGGCAUUUCUCUAUGUGAAAUGUCUGAAGACCCAUUGAAGAAACAAGCUCAAUUGCUUUAUGAAUUACUGUUUCAACACCUUCCUAUCUAUAAGGGUUUAUGUACAGUUUUAACAGCAGAAUCGAAACUCAAAGAAAACGUUGAUAGUUCGUUGGGGUCUCCAACGGCAGUAGGAAAACAUGGAAUGAAAGUAAUCGAUAGAGAGAAAUAUAAUCAUGAGUGGAAGAAAAAUUUGGGAAUUAGAAAAAAAGAUUGUCUACUGAACAAUGUAGAAAAUCCUGUAUUUUCUCGCUUUGUCGAUUCAGAUUGGGGAUGGUGGAUGCCAGAUCCUAUUGGAAACAACACGAAAAAUUACAGUAUUUGGUUCAUUAAAGAAGUAAUAGGAGAUACCGCACAACUACACGAGUACAGUUCAUUGAACGAUUUCCAAGCUGAUAAAAUUUACAGAAACUUUACUCUUCCUUAUCCCAUUCAAGGAAAUGGUCAUAUUAUGUAUAACGGAUCUCUUUAUUACCAUGCUAUAAACAGUGAUAAAUUUAUUAAGUUUAAUGUUUUUACCAACACAUAUCAGGAAUUUUUUAUUGAGGAUGCUGCUCACGAUGGCAGCAAAUAUUUAUAUAAUUCUAAUCAUUCCUAUGUAGAUUUCGAAGCCGACGAAAACGGUUUGUGGAUGAUAUUUGCCUCAAAACAUUCUGAAAAUACCAUAGUGAUAAAAUUUGAUUCAGAAAAUUUAAAAACUUUAUCUAAGUGGAAUCUCACAUUGCAUCCACAAAGCGUAGGGGAAAUGUUCGUGGCAUGUGGAUCUCUAUACGCAAUUAACAAAGUAAAUGAAUUGGAAACAACAAUCCGUCUCGUAUUUGAUUUCUAUUCUAAUGACACCGAAGAAGUGGAAGAAAAAUUCGUAAAUUCUUGUCGACAAAAUUAUUUAAUUACUUACAAUUGGCAGGAAGAAUCACUUUACGCUUGGGAUAAAGGGAAUUUAAUUACUUAUCGUCUCCACUUUAUUGAUAGGAACGAGUGGUAAAUAAACAUUAUCUGGUAAAAUCUAAAAAUAUUGUUUGUUUAAUCAAAAAAGCAAUGUUACGUGAGGUAGAGCGGAAUGUCUCACGAGGUUGUUAAAUUUUUAAAAUACUUCCUCGCAUCCGAAAGCAUUUGUAAUUUCAUUACUAUGCAAGUUUAUGCAAUGCGAUGUAAAUAUUUAAACUAGUUUUAUACAUUAUAAAUUAUGUUAUGUAUAAAGUAUAUCAUUAAGAAUGUGUAGUAAUAUCAAAUAAAAAAAAACAAUUUAUUGUGGCACAUUCAAAAAAAAGUAGUGUUAGACAUCAGUUUAAAACUAAAACAAUGAAUUCAUAUUUAUAUUCUUUUCGAAAACAUCCGAUUAUAUUUUUUAUGGCUAUUAACACUAACAAGUAAGUGGAUCUCUCCCUAAAAAAUUCUACCAAGCAAACUCAUAGAUGACUGCCGAAUGCCAAGAAACGAAGAGAGAUUUCUAAAAUAUAGGAAACACACUCAUACUGGUUCAUUACAGUUUCAUAUAAUAAAAAUAAAAUAUGUAGCAAAGAAUUUUGUAACUUUUCCGAGAGAAAAAGUAAUACAGUAUUUAAUAAACACGUUCGAAAAGUUUAUAGUUGUGUGCAAUGGCAUCUGUGUCAGACUUCAUUUAAAAUAUAACUUUUAUAGUAUUAAUCCUUUAAUUU